AUGCAAGCCAGAAAUCGCAAACAGCGUCGGGCAGCUGCCACAGCCUCUGAUAAGGACGAGCCCGAUAUUACCUACGCGCAACCUCCACGAGACGAUCCAACCAAAAACAAAGCGACCGUCGAGAAAACCCUAUAUGACAUCAUUGCAGAGCGACAGAAUGGCCUCAAUCCAUCGAAGCCCUCAUCAACAAUACCAGAAGGGGCUAGAAUCAUCCCAGAGUCAAUGGGAACGCGCUUUGUGACCGUCGACGAGGCCGGGAACCUGGUCGACACCGACGGCGACAUCAGCAACCAUCUAUCCGGCAAAGCUGCCCCAAAGAAAGGUCGCAAAGCCACGGCUGGCACCAACAAAGUCACGACGGAUGACGAAUCCGAAGUUGUCGUCGACAAGCCGCUCCCCCCAUUCCUCGACACCAUCCUCCUGUCUCUCCCACUCACCACACUCCACCUCACGCUGGGCUACUUAGCAGCCCACCAAUACGCCGAAAGCAUUGAUCUCCCCAAACUCUUCAAAGAAUCCAUCACCAUGGCUUUCCCAUUGCUGACGUUGUUCGUUCACCUCGCGCACGGCCACAUCAUCUCCUUCAAACGAAAGUCAAGCUCCAAGACUCAGCCCGAGCCAACUCUCUUCCCAUUGACAAAUGAUAAACUUACUUUCUCAUUUUUCCGAAAGCUGUUAUUCCCGCCUGCACUGAGAACCUUGGUUUUCCUGCCGGUGGCCCUCUUGGUGGGCGCGCAUCUGAUCGCGAUCACAAAUGGAGAACCGUAUUAUGCUGUUAUGAAGAAGGCUCCUGCUGUUGGCACUAUCUGGAUCUGGUCCAUUUUGGAGUUGUCAUUUGGAGCUGCUGUUCUCGGUGCAUUAGGGCCUUUGGCUUGGGGGGUCUGGUGGAUGGGGUAUGGGAUUGUUUAA